AUGCAGCUUCUUCGGCGUCGCACCUCCAUCCCCGUCCCCCAUGUCUUCGAAUUCAGCAAAAUUAGAAGGAACCCCCUCGGUUACCCGCACAUCUGGCUCUCGUUCAUCGCUGGCAUCCCUUUGUACAACUUCUGGCAUGCCGAGACCCCGGAAGAAGAUCGCCGCCGCCACCGAACUCACGUGCUCAAGGCCGUGGCGUCAGCAAUGGUUCAGUUGAGCAAGUUCUCGUACCAAAUGGGCGGCCGAUUACUGUUUGAUACUAGUGGCCCAUACACGGGAGCUAAGCAUUUUUAUACCACUGCGCUCGACAGCUACAAGCCUGACCCGGGUUUCCUGCAUGGCCAAAAGCGACUUCUGAAGUUCUUCAUCGGCUGUAUGGACGAAUUUUUCGCUGCCGAUCGCCAGUCCUUUAAAUUUCUUGUUGACGAGCACGGAAACCUCGCUGGUAUUAUCGACUGGGACGGCGUUGGCGCCUGGCUUAAGUCACUAGGCAACCUCAGCUACCCCGACUGGCUGACUCGAGACUGGGAUCCAGAGGAUACGCCUCAGACGCUGGUCCGUUACCGCCGCAUCUAUCAAGCAGCCAUCCGUGAUGCCCUUGUCGAGAACAAGGUGGACAAAGGCCACCACACAUUUUACACAAGCGCUACACUCAUAACUGAGAACCUUCGUAUCGCGCCCACAAGCCCGAUGGGCAGCGGAAACAUUCUGAGGAAAAUUGUCAACGAGAUAGCCAAGGUUGACAGAGUACCUUGUACUUACGGCGACGAGUUCCUCUACAUGGAGCUAUGCGAAACGUUUGGCAAAGGCAAACCGUCCGAUGGGGUGCAGGUCGCUCUGAGAGCGGGCUUUACAGAGUUGCUGCAGAGCACAACUCUGUAG